GCUGAGAUUAUAGCGUGUUGUUUCUCUCUCCACUGCCUGGGCUGUUGGCUUUCCUCUCCCACUUGUGCACCCCCCAGCAGAGCCCCUUCCACAGGGCUGAAAGACUUAAUGCUGGGAAGUGUCCUGCAGCCAUUUUGGUUCUGGAGAAACGGAACAUCUAGCCUUGGCAACAAGUGUGUUUCUGGGUAAAAAUAGAGCCGCCGAAAGCCCUGGUCCUGCAGGCCACGACAUCGCUCUGAACCCAUCCAGAAGUAUUAGGGAAAAAUCAGUUUUAUUUCCAGCUCAAAGAUAUUUAUACAAAAGGAUUACACUGGAAUAAGGUCCUCAAUUCACCAUGACAGAGGCUGAAGGGCGGUCCACCACCACCACCACUGUCAUUGACAGUAAGAACGGCGAUGUGGUCCACCCUUCGGUCCGGGUGUCGAAGAAGACGGUGGCCGAUGAUCUUUACACUACAUUCAGCUCGCCCAUGGCGUGGCUGCUGGUUCUUGCUCUCAUUAUCACCUGGUCUGCUGUUGCCGUCAUCAUGUUCGACCUCUUGGACUACAAGAGCCUCCAAGCCAAUACAUUUUACUGUGACGACCCCUGUUUACCACCUGGGUCGCGCCACGCCGCUGUCAGCAAAGCAAUAAAGGACACAGAGAGACCUAGAGGAGGCAUUCAGGAAAUUGGCUCUGAUCCCAUGAAAGUUGUAAACGACGCCGUGGAGGAGUCCACAGACUGGAUGAACACGUUCUUGGCCUUAGUGUCUGACCUGCUAACGCCAGAUGAGGAAGAGGACGAGGAAGGUGACUUGGCACAUGCAGUAAGGAAGAAAGGAGAAUUACUUCCAUCCAAGAAGAAAGAGCGUAAAGUCAUUAAACCGGCUAAAGAAAUAAGAGAGAAAAAAGAAAAAGUUGAAAAGAAAGAAGUUCGCAAAGAGAUAAGGGAAUCAAAAGCUGCAAAGGAAGAGAAGGAGAAGAAGUUGGCAAAGGCAGAAAGGAAAACGGAGAAACCAAAGAAGAAGGCGGAGGCAGUGGAGAAGCGGCCGAAGACAGAAAUCAAAGAACGACCUAAAAUGAAGUUUGCCAAGGAGGUGAAGGAAGCCAAACGGCUGAAGGAGGCCAAAAAGGAGCGUGAACCAGCCAAAAUGAAGCCAGAUGUGAAAAAAGCAGCAGUAAAGGUCAGAAAGGUGAAAGAACCCAAAGAAACAGAUAAACCUGAAAGAGUACAGAAAAAAGAGGAUAAACCUGAAAAAGUACAGAAGAAAGAGGUAAAACUUAGAGAAAAGAAGAAGGAGGAGAAGGAAGUGAAACCUGAGAAAAAGAAAGAGGUGAAAGAAGCUUGA